AGGUUUGUGGGCGGGGAAAGAUGAUGUCUGCCAAAAACGUCAUGUCUCGGCAGCUGAUUGGCUGCGUUUCGCGGAGAGGCUCUGGGAUGACAUGGCCUAAGUGUGCCGGGCUGGCCUGGGACCCCUGGGUGAAUGCGGGUUGCCGGGAAACUAGUAACUGGUCGUUGUAGGCGGCCUCAGGAUCGGACGGACUGUGACUGGCGACGAUUUGGAUCAAAAAGGAUGUUUUUAUUUUUUCUCUUGCGCAGGUAGAACACCCAUAAAACAUCAAAAUGACAGAUAAAGGUGAUAAAGAAGACCUGACUAUGGUUUAUUUUCAAGAUGUAUAUGAUUCUCCUGCUAAAAGCGAUACCAGUUCUGUAGAUAUUUAUGAUGGACUGGAUAUUUCAAGUAUACCAGUUUUAGCGGAGCCUUCUAUACUCUCCAUUCCAACACGGGAUUGUUUGGAUCUGUAUGAGGAAAUUCUGACAGAAGAAGUAACAGCUAAAGAAGCCUCAUUUAAUGAUUUGCAUGCUGAAUAUGAGAAGUGUCAGAAUCAAAUGAAAGAACUCAUUAACAGACUCAAAGAAAUGCAGACCCAGAACACAACCUUGCAAAAUGAAAAUCAGUGUCUGAAAAAGAAUAUUUCUGCACUCAUCAAGACCGCAAGAGUAGAAAUUAACCGCAAAGAGGAUGAGAUCAACAGACUGAAUCAGAGGUUGUUUUCUUCAGUGAACCCUCGCAUUAAUAAACACAUUCCUGUGUCAUUAUCGGAACCUAAUAAAACCAGCUGCCAAGUAGAAAGCAGAUCAAGAGAAAUACAGUCAAAGACUACGGACAGUUGUGGGAAACCUGAAUUGCAAAACCAGACAAUUCACCCUAAAAGAAAUGAUUCAACCUGCUUGAAUUAUCAGCCUACAGAAAAAGGCAUAGAUGCUGGGGACAAGAACUCUUCCAGCAGUUCAAAACCCUCAUGUGCUAAGCUUUUCAAAGGUUCAGAGACAGAUUUACAAAAAGACAAUACAGAAGAGCAUUCAAGCCAAGAUGCAGCUAAAGGAAGAAAGGAAAGAAAUGUUGAUGAUCAGUCUAAAGAGUGUAGGCAGAGGGAGGAGUGUAGAAGUAGUAGCACCAGUUCAGCAAGUGAAAAGAAAACUGCUGAACAGAAAGAAACUGGACCUCCUUCUAACAGUGUAAAAAAUGAGAGUAGACCAGAAAACCCGUCUACAAAGUUUGAUUCACUUAAUGAAAAAAAUAAUAGAAAAUCACUUCCCUCAACCUCUCACGAUAAAGCACGGUCAAUGAGAGACAGGGCACAGUCAAGCGAUCCUCGUACGAAAGAGAAGCUUCGAAAGUCUUAUGAAUCCUACAGCCGAAGGGACUCUAAGGAUUAUGAAAAAGGUAAAGACUCCGAACAUAAAAACAGAAUAACUGAAAAAGAUGAUCCAGCAAGGAGAUCACAAAGAACUUCAUACCUUAAGGAUGAAAGUUGUUAUAAACUCAAGACUGAACUGAAUGAUCACAGGAGGAGCAGUGCUCCAAGUCGAAGAGAGAAGCAUUCUUCUGACUUCAACAAAGAUUCAAAAUCUGGGUACAGAGAUUCCAAAUUAAUUAGCGGCAGUAAAAAUGAACAUAAGAUUAUGUCAAAGAAAGAAGACAAAUACUUAUUGGAACACAAAAGUAUGAAAUCUGGUAGGGAUAAAAAAGAGAAAGAGAGAAGUCAUCAUGACCGAAAAGAACAUAAAGAAUUUACUGGAGUAGGAAAGCUGAAAGAAUUAUCUUCAGAUAUGCACAGUAGUGAAGUAAAAAGUUCCUGUAAAACUGAUAAUCCAUGCAAACCUUUGAAUGCUGAAAAGCAUGUGGUAGAUGAAAAGGAAACCAACAUUGUGAGGGAUCUCAAGCUGUCAUAUAUGGAAACUCUUGAUUUGACCCUCUCUCCUGUUAAAACAAAGUCCUUCUCUGAAUCGAAUGCAAACAAACUGCCCUUGCUACUGUGUGAUGAGAAAUGUGGCAUCCGUGAAAUUAACAAUCGUGAGCCAGUACCACAAGUGUGUGAGUCUUUUGAGAGUAUAAAUGAAGUGAAAUGUGUGUCCUCUCAGAAAAGCAAUCCAGAACCAAAUAUUCUAACAAAUAAUCCAUCAGUAAAACAAGUGACAAAGUCUAACUUAAAUUUAGAAGCAUAUCAGAAAUGCCAAUCUGUUGUGGGUGGCAUUAAGUGUAUUCCUCAAAACCAACCAGGGAUCACAAUUGAAGAAUCUAAUUCAGCACCCUUGAAUACAACACUUUCAGUGGCUGAUCUUGAAAAGGCUGAUGUAAACGAUGAGUUGCAUUCACUUCAUUCUGACGUGAUGGAAACAAGUGUUGCCGACGUGUCACAGGUUAUAGACCUGGAUUGCUACAUAGAGCUUGACAAAUGCAGUGGCAGUGAGAGUCCUCAUUCAGAUAUUGUAUAUGAAGAUAGCGUUGCACAAAAAGGAUUUUGCCAGGAAAACCUGAGUCCAUCAAAACAGUUGAAUAAAGAAUUUGAACACAAUACCAACAUUUUGAAAAAUGUAACUGAACCAGAAAAAGAGUUCUACUAUGCUAACGGAAGCUCCAGUGCUCAUUUGUCAAAAGAACUAAAUAAGGAGAAUUUUCAGCCAGUUGUAAAGAAUGACCCAAGCUCUGCAAAGUGUUCUCCCAUUAUUAUUUCUUCAGAUGACAUGGAAGAAGGUGAAAUUGUAAGUGAUGUGGAAGAAGUUACAUGUGUGCACGCACCCAACACCACUCCUUGCCUGAAGCAGAGUUCUGUAGUCCAAACAAAUAUAAGUGAAGCUUCCAUAAGUUUCCACAGAGAUGACACAUCAUUGGGAAAACCAAAUGGAAUCAUUGCUUCACGAAAACAAUCAACUAAAAUAAAGGGAAAAUCGAAAUCCUAUUUAAAAAUACAUUUACUUAAACAGCCUAAUCAGAAAGAUAGGAAGGUAAAUCCUGACAACUGUCUUGAAGAAAUUAUGAAAACUGACCAGCCAUCUACUGUACACGAUAUUUUUCAGAUGCUACGUGCAGUUCGAAAACAUAUUAGAAAGAAAUAUAUGAAAUUUAAAAUGCAGUUUACAGUGCGCCAGUACCAUAAGGUAAUAGAAGUUGGAACAUCAUACUUUAUAACUCUGGUUAAAAAAGUUAAUUGGACUGCAUUGUGUUCAUUACCGAGCAGUUUACAAAAGAAAAUAUGUAAAUACAUAGAUAAUAAAAUGAAAAAGCUGAAAAAGAAUGGGAUUGUAGAUCGUAUUUUUGAACAACAUCUAUUAGAUAUGAAAAAAAAGCUCUGGAAUUUCGUGGAUGACCAACUAGACUCUUUGUUUGAUACACUAAAAAUAAUGCUUAUAAAAUUGUGUGACAAAGCGGAGAUGGAAUGUACUGGUGCUAAGAACCGCAUUUGUGUCCAAGAUAACAUAUCAUCAUCUGUUCGGAUAAAUAAGAAAAAUGAGCAGAAGAACCAUAAAACUGCACCAGUUUCUGACCCACACUUGAAAAAAGAGCCAGUAAAAAUUCAGAGCAAAGCACAAGUUCCCAAGGUUAAAGACCAGAAUAAUAAACCUGGGAGAAAUAGUGUAAAUAAAGAUGGUCUUUCAAGAGAACCGGUAAAAGUACCUGUUGGAGUUGAAUCUGCUUCAAAAAAUAAAAUGGUGUUAGAAAAAAAUAUAAAACCAACAUUAUCGGGGUCUUCUGAAAACCAGAAACUCAAACCUGAGAAUGCAGGCUUAUCUUUUAAUUUGGUAAGUGAUGAUCGUAUGGGUGAUAUCUUCAAAAAUUUGCUAAAUGAUUUAGAAGGUCUGGAUCAAACAAAGGCUUCAGAGGAAAAAUCAUGGGUGUUUAAAACACCAGAAAAAACAAGUAUUUUGAGCCAGAAAAUGUCCUUAAAUAAUGAAAAUACACCAAUAAAAACUUCUUGGCAAAUGCCUUCAUCCUUGUCCUGGCCUCCACAUUCUCCUGUGCAAUCUAGUUUGUUGUCAACACUUGUUAACCCAGAUGCCUUAGAUGAGAGCUGUAUGCUAGAGAUUCCUUUUUCCUCCUCUAAGAGCAUUCCAGGAUCAGAUGAAAGAGCAAAAUCCUAUUCUUCAAUACUUAUGGAGGAUCUUGCAGUGUCAUUAACUCUGCCAUCACCAUUGAAAUCUGAUUCUUAUCUUAGCUUCCUCAGACUAGGGACUGCACCUGAAUAUAACUCCGAAGAGGUUAGUAGCACACAUUAUAGUGAAGGUGUUCUAUUAGAAGAAGACAUCGCAGAACAAGACAUACAUUUAACACUGGAUUCUGAUAACUCAAAUAGUUCUUUGGAAAAUACAAGUGACACCUCUAGUUUCCAGUGCCUUCCAAGUGAACCCAUGCAAGCUGUUAUCAUGGAGAAGUCAAAUGAUCACUUCAUUGUAAAGAUAAGGCGGGCAGCCUCAACCUCAUCUCCUAAUUCUGAAUGGCCACCAGCGGAACAUUUUCCACCUGUCCUGCCAGAAUCAACAAAUGCAGAUGGUAAAGCCCUUACUGAUCACUUAAAAAAGGUAAAUUCUGAAGAGCAUGAAUCUGAGGGGAGUCGCCCUCGUGAAACUGAAAACAAAGUAUUUCCUGUCAACAAAUCUGAUGCAACCCGUCCAUCUGUCAGCAGAGCGAUUUUAGAGACAAGUUUUGUUAAUGCUAAUAAUGAAGCUGUAGACUUCAAACAAUUGCAGGAGAAAGAUGUGCACGAAAGAACUGUUUCAUUGUUUAAACCACCUGAACCCCUUAGUCCUAGUAAAGACAAUACUUUUGUGUCAGUAUCUCAAGAGAACCUGCAUCAACUUUUUCAUUCAGUGACAGACAGAAAAGAUUGUGAAAAAAGCAAGCUGUCCUCUGAGCAGGUAACAAAAGACUCCAUAAUAUGCAACAAGGGGUCUUCUGAAAGCAUUGUGCAAGUCAAUUGGAAUGAUAAAGUUCACAGCACAAAACGAAAAAAGGAAUUGAAAGAGGAACCAUUGGUGAAAAGGAGACCAGUGCAAUUUCUCAACCAGGAAAGUAGAGAAAAAAAAGCAAAGGAAGAUGGGAAAGAGCAAAGCAAUAUUUCAUCAAAGGAAAAAUCUCAAGGAAAGCACAAAAGAUCUGCCAGUGAUUGCAUUCUUCAUUUAAGCUCAUCACCAAAGGACUCCUCCCAAAGCCUAUCUGCAAAGAAUGUAAUAAAAAAGAAAGGAGAAGUUGUUGCGACUUGGUCCAGGGAUGAAGACAGAUUAAUCCUCCUCAACUGUCAACAGCUUGGAACUGAUCAGAAAACGUUUAUUUUGUUAUCUUCACAAAUGGAUAAACCUCCUCACAAGAUCGAGGAAAGGUUUCGGCAGUUGAUGAAACUAUUUAAGAAAUGCAGAAGAAGUGCCACAUGACACUUUGCACUUUACAGUUGAAGUUCUGCUUUGUGGACUAAGAAGAAAGUAAUUGCGAUACGCAAUGUACAAGACCCACAUUCAUAGGUGUUGAAACGCCAAUCAUUGUGCAGGCACAAGAUAUUUUUUACUUGGCAAGUAUGGACUCUGUAGAAAGAGUCAUGAAGGAUUUGAACUGAAUACGUUCCAGAAUUAUGUGCAAUCGUAGGGUUUUUAUUUAACGCUGUUAUUAUGCCAGCCAUUUUUCUAGUUACGGAUGUUAACAUUUGAUCCUGCAUUACUUAUUAGAGUGGAAGCAUUAAACAGCCAAUCUGUUGGGUGAUGUUGACAAACUUCAAACAUUCUGUGUAUGCAAAAUGUCUUAACAUGUAGGCAUGAGAUCUCCUAUUUGUGAAAAAGAAUUAGCCAUACAAAUGUCACCAAUCCAUUCCUCACAUUUUCUGUUCUGUAUUACAGUAGGGCAGCCUGUUUGGGAAUCCAGAGAGUGCUGCACAAGCUAACUCCUGGGAAACCAAAAGGUUUGUUUCAAAAGAGCUUCUUUAUGGCUUGAGAAAAAUCUCUGUGCAUGACUGUGGCAUGCUAGGAAACAAACUUGUAGUUCUGCAUUAAACUUGUGGUAGGGCUUAGAUUAAAAGGCAACCUGGAGUCAUAUAAUAUAUGGCACCAGUCCAGUGCAAUGACCCUUUAAAUCCAUGCCACAGUUUUUGCUAUAUUUGCUAUUGAUUGCAUUCACACUAUACAGUCAGACUUUUUUCCAUGAAAAGCCAAGGUGGUUACCUUCCUCAUAUGAACCUUAGAAUGUGCCUUUUAAGUGAAGUGGCUAUACCCCUGUACUUAAAUUUACUAAGUGAUUUUAGGAGGGGGUCUCUUCAUCAGGUGCACCUUGAAGAAACCUAUUUGUGUUUCCUUUAAUAUAUUAAAGCACAGGGAACUAUCCUUGUAUUCAUUUGCUACUGGUGUACUGUUGAACUGUUAUGUGCUACUGACCUUAACACUAUGUUUCAGUUUGCUUUUUGAUCUAUGCUGCACUGGGUCUUUACUGCUUAUAAGUGGGUUUGACUUUUGCGUCUCAACUCUCCCUCUACACAUUUACAUUUAAGGCUAGGGACCCAAACUGGGUUGAUUCUGUUUUGUUAUUUUUUUAAAUAAUUGUUCAGACUUUUCCCUAAUCAUACUCCCAUAUAUCAUUCAAGCCAAAAAGAUUGUUGUUAGGUUAGUGACCCUAGCAACCAGAUGCUUUCCAUUUGAAGGACCUAGGAGAAAGAUGGUGAAGGAAGCUAUAGAGCAUAUUAGAUAUGUUUCAGUAAGUUGAUGCUGUUUAUUCAAACUUAUACAUUUGUUUAAGAAAAACCAUUUACCAGAGAAAAUGCUGUUUAUUGACCUGUUAUUGUUAAUAUAAUUUUAACUUGUGGGAAAACAAGUGCUAGCAUUGUAAUUAUGAAACCAGAAGGCAGCUAAAUCUUUAAAAUAUAAUGCUGGAUAUUAGUGGCACAAUGAUAUGAAACAGAUUUUUGACAUAAACCAUUUCUUAGCUAUUUUGACGAAGCAGAAGACAUGUCAAUCUUGAUGCUUAGCUUGACAGUUUGCUCAGCUAAACUUUGUCCCUUAAAGAGUGUUGGUGCCUUACAAAAGCAGCCCACAAUAUAAAAUGACCCAGUAUAUAACUAUGUAUGUAGAUUCCAAAGUGUAUUAAAAGAAGCAGUAUAUAAGCAAAAUCUCUGUCGCCCACAAAAAAUAGGCUUCAUUUUGGUAGAAGGGUAUGUAGAUAUAGGAAAAAAAUGUGAAACCUUUUUGUGUUGGUGACAUUUGCUUAAAAUAAAAAAACAUUUAAAUGCACCCUCUCAUAUAGUAAAUAAUCCAAAUGGCUUUUAAUGCGUGAGUUUUGAUUCUUUGAGAUGCAGAGAAACCAAUCAAGGCACAGUUUCUGUAUUGAUUCCUAUAAUUAGAGUGGGAACAUCUGUAUACUGUAAUGUAAGAAAUCUAUAUAACCACUCUUUUGGAUAUUCCAUCCAGCUGUGCUUGGUAGAAGUCUACAAUAUGUAACAAGACAUACAGUUUGGGCUCUUUGUGUAUGAUCUAAUGUAUGUGUUAUGGAGAUCUUGGAAAACUGUAAGCUCCCUGGUCUGGUGCGUGGUUGGCUAGGCUGUUGUGUAUGUGACCCCAGUAACCUCUAACAUUUAUGCUAAAGCUUGCAUAUUCUGUACAAAGUUCUUUUUUCCCCCUUCACUUUAUACAUCAACAACGUGCUUGCUGCACCUUCUCUGUAUGUUUUAUGACUCUAUGCAUUAUCAGGCUAUUUACCUGUUCUUUUUGUUACUGUGUUGUAAAUGAAUAAUUUAUGUGUAAAUGUUUUUUUUUCUUUCCUUUGUAAAUGAGUGUACAGGUUCACUAUUGUUUCUUUGGUGAACAGUUAUGUGUAUAUAAUGUGAGAUUUUUUUUUAAUGAACUUUAAAAACACUGGAAGCCUUUAUUUUGUACAAAACCUCUUUGCUUAGAGUUGUAAUAACAAAAAUACUUUAUAAAGUUGUAUUUGUUCAAUUUUC